AUGCGAAGCAACCACGAUAAUACGACCCGUAUAAAUGAACAGUGCUUUAUAAUUAUCAAAGAAACGAGCAGCUCCGGCGGUUCAACUUGUACUGGUGUUAUGAACCAGUUUAUGAGGUAUGUGUGUGGACACGUACAACAUAUACAGUGGGGUCUUUGUGCGCUGGUGCUACAGUCACCCCAAGAAAAGGUCCCCUGGUCAGUGACCUUGAGCGAGAAUAGCUUGGUACCUGCUGUUGACGUCAUGGCUUAUCAGAUAUCACAUACGAAUACUCAAUUCAUUAUAAUAAUAAGGAUAAACGAAACUUACGUACAUCUGGAACCUUCUAGAACCUUCUGGAGCAAGAGCAAGACUCAGGUCAUCAAAGGGACGCAUCCCACAGGUAAUAAGAGGAAGACAGGUAACGUGCGACAGGGACGGAAGACAGCACCUCUCACUCCAACAUCCACAAACCUCAAACGAUGCGAGAUGAUACAGUAG